AUGGCUUCCAACGGCGGCACGGAGGAGAUCGAUCUCUACGGCAAAAAGGCCUACCACAAAGCUGCCCUGCAACACCACCCCGACAAGGUUGCAGAAGACCAAAGGGAGGAAUCAGAGUUGAAGUUCAAGUCUGUAAGCCAAGCAUACGAAAUCCUGUUUGAUGAGGAGAAGCGACAACUCUACGACACCCAUGGCAUGGCCGCCUUCGACCCGAGCCGAGGCGGACCUGGAGGACCCGGUGGACCAGAUCUGGACGAUAUUAUGGCCCAUUUUUUUGGUAUGGGAGGUGGCGGCGGCAUGCCACCAGGAUUCGGCGGUGGACCACAGCGACCGAGGAGAGGGCGCGACGAGGAGCAAGAAUACCGAGUUACUCUAGAGGAAUUGUACAAGGGCAAAACAGUCAAGUUCGCCAGCACGAAGAACAUUAUAUGCAGCCACUGCAAGGGGUCCGGAGGCAAAGAGAAGGCAAAGCCGGCCACUUGCGAGAGGUGUAAGGGCAAUGGUGCUACCAUCGGACUGAGAUCUGUUGGUCCAGGAUUGGUCACCCAGGAGAGAAUGGUCUGCGAUGCUUGCACAGGUACAGGAAAGAUGUUCAAGGAAAAGGACAAGUGCAAGAAGUGCAAGGGCAAACGGACCACGUCAGAAAAAAAGGUGUUAGAAAUCUACAUCCCAAGAGGUGCGCAGGAGGGCGAGCGUAUUACUCUAGAGGGCGAGGGGGAUCAAGUACCGGAUCAGACUCCGGGAGAUAUCGUCUUCACUCUUGUUGAGGAGGAUCAUGCUAUCUUCAACAGAGCUGGUGACGAUCUGUCUGCGGAGGUGGACGUUACUCUUGCCGAGGCGCUCACUGGUUUCUCACGGGUUGUCCUGAAGCACUUGGAUGGCCGUGGCAUCCACCUCAACCACCCACAAGGAAAGGUUCUCAGACCCGGCCAAGUGUUGAAGGUGGCAGGCGAGGGAAUGCCACUGAAGAAGAGCGACGCCAAGGGUGAUCUCUACCUGAUCUUCAAGGUUGUCUUUCCUGAAAACGGUUGGACCGCGGAUGAGUCUGCAUUCGCCGAUCUCAAGAAGGUCCUUCCAAAGCCCGAAGCUCCCAUCGAGGCCACUGAGGUUGAUGAGGUAGAAUUCGAAUCUGAUGCUGAGAUCGAAGAGUUCGGUGCCAAUUCUCGUGGUCCAGGCGGUGGUAGCGGCUGGGAAGACGAGGACGAGGACGAGGGCCAACCGCAAUGCGCACAGCAAUGA